AAGAAAAGAUUGAACAUGGCAGUACUUUUUCAAGCUCGGAAAGCCUUGAGCAGGGCUGUGAGAUGUGGCACUUGUUGCUUCACUCAGCUUGCAGAAUUACCAGAACUCCAUCAGAUUCUGCGGCAGACAUGUCAGGACUAUGCAGCAAAAGAACUUGCUCCAAUUGCAGCAAAACUUGACAAAAAUCAUUCUUUCCCAGCAAAGCAGAUUCAGGAACUUGGAGCAAUGGGUGUGAUGGCCAUGGAGGUACCAGAAAAUCUUGGGGGAGCUGGAAUGGAUUAUUUGGCCUAUAGCCUGGCUGUUGAAGAGAUAAGCAGAGGCUGUGCAUCCACUGGGGUCAUUGUCAGUGUCAAUAAUUCAUUAUAUCUGGGCCCUAUUCUGAAGUUUGGCACAGAAGACCUAAAGCAGCAGUGGAUACCUCCCUUUACCACUGGGGAAAAAGUCGGCUGCUUUGCUUUGAGUGAGCCAGGCAAUGGAAGUGAUGCAGGUGCUGCCUCCACGCUGGCACAUCAGGAGGGAGAUGAAUGGGUGCUGAAUGGCACCAAGGCUUGGAUCACCAACUGCUGGGAUGCAUCUGCUGCAGUUGUCUUUGCCACAACAGAUAAGAGUUUAAAACAUAAGGGAAUCAGUGCCUUCCUGGUACCUAUGCCUCAUCCAGGCCUAUCUCUUGGAAAGAAAGAGGAUAAGCUUGGAAUCCGAGCCUCAUCCACAGCAAACCUGAUUCUGGAGGACUGUCGUAUCCCACUGGCAAACUUAUUGGGUCAGCGUGGGAUGGGCUUCAAGAUUGCAAUGCAAACCCUGGACAGUGGACGCAUUGGUAUAGCAUCUCAGGCUCUUGGGAUUGCACAAGCAGCUAUUGACUGUGCAGUUGAUUAUGCACAGAAGAGGAUGGCCUUCGGAGCACCAAUUGCAAAGUUGCAAGCAAUACAGUUCAAGUUGGCAGACAUGGCUGUGGCUAUAGAAAGUGCUCGUCUUCUCACUUGGAAAGCUGCACUGUUGCGAGAUGGAAAGAAACCCUACUCUAAGGCUGCUGCUAUGGCCAAACUGGCUGCAUCUGAAGCGGCAACAUUUGUUUCUCAUCAGGCCAUUCAGGUGUUGGGGGGAAUGGGUUAUGUAACGGACAUGCCAGCUGAGAGACACUACCGCGAUGCCCGCAUCACAGAAAUCUAUGAGGGGACCAGCGAAAUUCAAAGACUUGUCAUUGCAAACCAGAUUUUGAAGGAAUAUCAGCAAUAGAGCUGGAUGGUGUGCAGCAAAUUCAUAACACAAUAUCUUGUCAAACAUGGCGGUGACUGUCUGGGAAUGCUUACAAUGUCAUAAACAUGUUCUCAAUGGUGAUAUUCAUGGGGUUUGCCCAUAAGGUUGAUUUUUCAAGUGACACGAGUGCUUUUUUUUUUUUUGAGAAAAAUCUCUAAUCAUGGAAAUAUUCUCAUAAAUGAAAGGAUUACUUUGCUUAAUUUUUGAUUGCACUUAAUUAUUGCAUCAGUAAUGAAUAAAUUAAACAUUACUUUUAAAGCUAGACAGCCUUCCAAUUUCAUAAAAGCUGUGAAAUUUAGUUCCCUCUGAAAUUUGGUCAUUGUGAUGGGUUUAUUUCUGCAGUAUCUCCAAAAAAAAAAAAUGGUGCAGUUGGAGUCGUCUUGUUGGAGUCUUGUUCUCGGAUUCGACUAAAUCUUAUUUUAUUUUUUUAAAUGACUUUGACUUGACUCAGACUUGAACACUGGGGACUCGAGACUGGACUCGGACUUGAGGUUGAGUGACUCGAUAAUAACACUGGCCCCAAAAACGUUGGUGACCAACUCUGAACUGAAGUUUGUAUCACUGUGAAACAGUCAAGAUCAACUCAUUCAGUGAGCAGUGUGUUGAACUGUAAAGCGUCCCGUCAGCAGUCCCCAUCCUUCAUGGAUGGGCUUCAGAGGACUCUUUAGUGGUGGUCAUACUAAGACUAUUCUUAAAAAAAAAAAAAAAAAGACAGCGCCCCUGCUGGCUGGCUGCAGUAUAACGUGUAGCACCACCUGGCCCCAUGUGUUUCAAUGCCAAAAUAGCUGAUUUUCUGUCACUCUUCAAACUGUUUUUAAAAACAUUAUUCUACUACAGUGGUGCGCUGUUAUAACACCGUAGUUGGGAUUUAAAGAAUCUGACUGUGUUAUGAGCGAAUCCGUGUCAUAACGGGGUGGAAAACCUGGCCUGGCGCGAGUAGAAAAUAUUCUGCGCUUUAUUUUUGAGAGAAACCAGUUCCCUGAAGAUAUCCGACGAAGAAACUGCAAGAACUUCGAUCGCUUUUACCAUGAUGAUUUUUUUUUUUAAUUGUCUGCCAAUGUAACAAGUAAUGUUUUGUCGCCAGUCACAUGCGCGCGCCUCAAACACUGAUUACAUGCACUUGUCCAGGAUUAGCGCAAUGGAUGCAAAUGUAUGUUGUUUAAAUAAAUUUUUACUUCCAAUUAUCCAGAUGUUGUUGUAAACAAAAUGUUAUUAAAUGUUAUUGAAAUAA